CCCUCGGAAAAAGGCUGGAUGAGACCUGCCACCUCCUGCUCCUCCCCCAGUCUCUGGCUACAGGCUGUUCCUGCACUCCAGCACUCAGCCCAGCUGCAGAGAGCAGGAGGAAGAAGCGCAGAGUGCCCUGUAUAGGGGGCUGCAUUCUGAUCAUCACCCCUAACCGAGUCCUUGGGCUUUUUGUCACACCUGGGAGCACCUUGGACUGGGUUGUCCUGUAUAAGCCCCCACUUAUUGCACUUACCUGGUGUUGAAUGCUCAGCUGCUUGAGCUAAAAACCAUGAGUAUUAACGGAUCCAAUUUAAGGCUCAACACACUGGGCAGAAUUGCCAGAGCUGAUUCUGGCCAGGAUCUGAGUGGCAGGUACGAAAUGAACAACCACAAGAUGGUAAUAGGAGGCGGUGGAGCAGGAGGCUUGGUGCAACAACAGAAGACAUACUAUGUACAGCAGAACUACAGCGACCACACCGGGGACAGCUAUGGGCAAUCUGGUACAAUGUCAAGACGUCCGAAUACCGUUCAGGAUAUGCUCCAGAAUAUUGGAGAGAACUUGAUGCAUGCGGAACUCAUUGCACAGCCUGAGUUAAAAUUUGGAGAUGGAAGUCAGCUGGUUCGUAACAGGGAAUUGGAUGAAUGUCUUGGAGUGGCCAAUGAGCAAAUGGAAAUGGUUGAUGGAUUGAUCAGGGAGAUGAGGAACAUGGGUCAGCCAUAUGAAACCUAUCAAAGAAGAUUGCUGCAACUUCAAGACCAGAUGCGCGCUUUGUACAAAGCCAUACAUGGCCCACGCUUGCGCAAAGGUUCCAAAGGAGGCGGAUUUUCUUCCCAGAGUGGCUCCGGGUGGGAUGAGAUGACAAAACGCAUCACCACAGAAACUUUGACUCAAAUCAGGCAACAGAGGCGUCAGAUUGAGAUUGUAGACUGGGGUUUUGAUGCUUCCUCAGUAGAACAACAGAUUGCCAACCACAGGAAGUUUCACAAUGCCAUUGCAGACUAUCGCUGGGAGCUGGACAAGAUAAAAGCAGAUCUGAGAGAAAAGGGUGCUAUUUAUCAACUAGAAGAAGAGUAUGACGGUUUAUUGAAAGCAUCUUUUGAAAGAAUGGACCAGUUGCGCCAGCUACAGUCCAUCAUCCAGGCAACAUCCAAAGAAAUAAUGUGGAUCAAUGACAGAGAAGAGGAGGAGCUUGUUUAUGAUUGGAGCGACCGGAAUACGGACAUCGCUAAAAAGCAGGAGUCUUUCUCUAAACUAAUGAGUCAGUUGGAAGUUAAAGAAAAAGAACUUAACAAGGUUAAACAGGAGAGUGACCAGCUGAUACUUAAUCAACACCCUGCCGCUGACAAAAUUGAGGCUUACAUGGACACACUACAGACUCAGUGGAGCUGGAUUCUGCAGAUAACCAAAUGCAUUGACGUUCAUCUGAAAGAAAAUGCUGCAUACUUCCAAUUCUUUGAAGAGGCUCGAAGCACUGAAAAUUAUUUAAUAGGUCUUCAGGAUACUAUUAGAAAGAAAUACCCAUGUGACAAAAGCAUGGCACUGCAGCGUAUCUUGGACCUGAUUAAAGACAUUGAGAAAGAAAGAGACAAAAUUAAUGAAUAUAAAAGGCAGGUUCAAAACCUGGUAAAUAAAUCUAAGAAAAUAGUACAACUCAAGCCACGUAACCCAGACUACAGGAGAGAAAAACCUAUUGUCCUUAAAGCUCUCUGCGAUUACAAGCAAGACCAGAAAGUAAUACAUAAAGGAGAUGAAUGUAUUCUGAAGAACAAUUCCCAGCGCAGCAAGUGGAAUGUGACUGGUCCUGGUGGUCUGGAUAUGGUCGUACCUUCCGUCAGCUUGAUUAUUCCACCACCAAACCCUGGGGCAGUUGAGCUAUCUGCUAAGAUUGAGCAGUACUAUGAGGCUAUUUUGGCUCUAUGGAGUCAGCUAUAUAUCAACAUGAAAAGUCUGGUGUCCUGGCACUAUUGCAUGCUUGACAUUGAGAAGAUUCGGGCAAUGACACUUGCUAAGCUUAAGACCAUGCGCCAUGAGGAUUAUCAGAAAGUUGUCACAGACCUGGAAAUGCAUUAUCAAGAGUUCUUGAGGAACAGUCAAGGAUCAGACAUGUUUGGCGAUGACGACAAAAGAAAAAUGCAGUCUCAGUUCUCUGAAGCUCAGAAGCAUUACCAAACCUUGGUGGUGCAGCUUCCAAGCCGUCAGACCACAGUCAAAGAGCACACAAUUGUGCAGCAAAGGCCUCCUCCGAUAAUCCAUGUUGAGAAGACAGAUGUUACUAGUUUGGGUACAACAUCCUCGUCUAUAGUACAAGUGGAUAGCAGCAAAGAAAUAGAUCGGGAAAGGGAGAAGCAGGAGAGCUGGUUGCUGCUGGAACUCCAGAAGAUCCGUCGACAGCUAGAGGGAUACGAAACAAGAUUGGUGCAAAGAAACAUCUAUAGUGUUGACCAAGAAACUUUCAGGGAUUUUGGAAAUCGAAUAAAUGAUGUUGAGAGCACAAAAGGAGAGGCGCAAUCAAUUGCUAUGCAGAUCAGCAAGAUAAAAGAAAUGAUUUUGAACCUAAAGGGCUCAGAUAAGUCUUCGUACUUGCAGUCUGAGCUCAAUAUGCUCUACAAGAAACUGGAAAGUCUUAAUGGUUUCUCCUCUGGCCAUUUAGAAAGGAUUCAGUCACUUAGGGCCCUGCUUCAGAGCAUCCUUCAAACAGAAGACUUGAUCAAAGUGUAUGAAGCUCGGCUUACAGAGGAAGAGACCAUUUCUCUUGACCCAGCAAAAGUUGAAGCUUACAGAAGUUCUCUAAAAAAAACGAGAGCAGAGCUAGAUCAGAAAAAGUCCCUGCUGAAAACUAUGGAAACGGAACUGAAAAAUACAUUCCAAGUCAAUGACCACGUCACCCAAACGUAUCCCUUUUGUGAAGUGGACAUCUCAAAAUUCAGAGAUAAAUCCAACCAGCUGACGGAUCGCUGGCAAAGGCUUGAAAAAGAGACUGAUGACAGAUCAUGGGAACUGGAGAAACAAGGCAAGCAACUGAGAAAUUAUAGAGACAUGUACCAGAAUGUGAGCAAGUGGAUCAGUGAUACCAAACACAAACAAGACAUCAUUGAAUCAGCCAAACUUUCAGACGCAAAUACCAUUGCAAGAUACAUAACUGACCAAAAGAAUCUGAAUUCAGAAAUUCAAGGUAAAAGAGACAAUGUGGAAGAAGUCCUAAAGACAGCUGACCAAUGUGCUUCAGGCAUUAAGGAUUAUGAGCUCCAACUGGCUUCUUACAGCUCAGGCCUGGAAACCUUACUGAAUAUCCCAAUAAAAAGGACCAUGGUCCAGUCACCUUCAGUAAUCAUAAUGCAAGAGUCUGCUGACCUUCAAGCACGUUACAUUGAACUUCUUACCAAAGGAACAGAUUCUUACAGACUUCUGAAUGAAUGUUCAAAGAACAUUGAAGAUAUAAAGAUGAAAAAUACUAGAAUUGAAUUACUGGAGGAAGAACUUCGGCUUUGCAGGGAUGCAAAUUCUGACAGCUCCCAUAAGAAUAAAUUCCUUGAUCAAAACCUACAAAAAUAUCAGAAUGAAUGUUCAGAGUAUAAAACAAAGCUACUUUUACUAGAAGACUUGAAGAGAAAAUCAGAAAUGGAUGGCAACACUGCUAAACAGAACCUGGAAAAAUGUUAUAGUCAAAUAACAGAGCUUAAUGAAAAGAUUACAAGGCUCACUUAUGAGAUAGAUGAUGAGAAAAGGAGGAGGAAGGCAAUAGAGGAUAGGUGUGAACUACAAAAGAAUGAGUUUGACCAGUUUCAUAAAAAGAGGCAGUCUGAUCUGGAUACUAUCAACCGGCAAAAAAUAGAAACUGAAAAGAUAACCAAGGAGAAGGAGUAUGAAAUAGAAAAACUGAAGAUCCUACUUAAGGACGAGAGCCAGCGGAAACGGGAAUAUGAAAAUGAGCUAUCAAAGGUAAGGAAGCAGUAUAGUGAUGAAAUCAGUAGUUUGAGGAGCAAGUAUGAAUCUGAAAUAACCAUUACGAAGACCACAAUUCAGCAAAUAAGUGCUCAAAAAGAAGAGGAUACCCAUGAUCUUAAAUCACAACUGGAAAAACUUGCAAGAGAAAACAGAGACUUGACUCAAGAAAUUACCAGACUUAAUGACAACAUUGUAAAGACAAAUGAACAAAGGAGAAGAGCAGAAGAAGACGCUCUUCAGCAAAAAGCCUCAGGUUCUGAGCUGUCGCAGAAAAAGCAACAUUUAGAAAUAGAAUUGCAGAAGCUAAUACAUGUUCAUUCUGAAGAUACGUCAAGGUACAAGUUGUCACUGGAAGAUGCUGCUCGGACCAUACAGGAAAGGAACAUUGAGAUUGACAAGUUAAAGUACCAACUUCAAGAGGAGGCAGCACGUCAGAGACAAUACGAAAAUGAGCUUGUUAAGGUAAGAAACAGUUAUGAUGAACAGCUUAUAACUUUAAGGAGCAAGUAUGAGACAGAAAUUAAUAUCACAAAAACCACCAUCCAUGAGAUAACUGUUAAGAAAGAUGAUGACAUUAAUAAUAUGCAUACUCAGUUGGAAAAUUUAUCAAGAGAAAAGAGAGACUUACUGACUGAAGUCAAUAGACUGAAAACCUCAAUAACACAAAUGACAAAUAACCUCAGAAAAACAGAAGAUGAUGCACACCAGCAGAAAUCCUAUAGCUCAGAAUUAUCUCAGAAAAGACAGCAGCUGGAGAUUGAACUUAAACAAAUAAACAUCCUUAGAAAUGAAGACGAGCAGAGGCACAAAAAGUCUUUGGAGGAUGCUGCUAAAACUAUUCAGGACCGUAAUAAGGAAAUUGAAAGACUAAAAAAACUCAUAGAUGUUGAAACAGAUCAAAGAAAAAAACUUGAAGGUGAGCACGUUAAAUUGCAGAGAACCCAGUUUGACCUGCAGAAAGCCAACAGCAGUGCAACAGACACCAUAAAUAAGUUAAAGAUUCAAGAACAAGAAUUAAUAAGACUUAAAGCAGACUAUGAAAAACUAUCACUGGAAAAACAAGGGAAAGAGAAUGAAAUAGGUAGACUACAAACCAGCCUUAAAGACAUGCAGAGGGAUAAAAAUAAGCUUGAUGAGGAAAUAAACAGACAAAAAAGAAUUGCAACAGAUGAGCAUGCUACUAAUAAGAAAUUGGAAGAAGAGUUAGAAGCUUUAAGAAGAACCAGCAAUGAACAAAUGAAAAAGAUUACACAACUUACACAACAAAUCGAACAAAUUACUAUAGUAAAAAAACAGAACGAAGAUGACUUGAGGCAGCAGAGGGAGUCUUUAGACAAUCAACUUAGAGAAAAGCAAAGGAAAGUUGAUGAGUUGAAUAAUCUUGUAGUUGAGGUGGAAAGCUUACGUCGACAGCUGCAUGUAGAGCAAGAAAACUUGAGGCAGGCUCAUGGCAGAAAUGAACAUCUGCAGAAGACUAUUGAAGAGAGAAACAAGAGCCUUAAUGAGAGUAAAAUAGAGAUAGAAAGGCUUCAGUCCAUCACAGAAAACCUGACUAAAGAGCAUCUCAGGUUAGAAGAAGAGCUGAGAUAUUUGAGGCUAGAAUACGAUGAAGUAAAGAAGAGCAAAGAUGAGGUAGAUGGUGAAAAAAUGGCAACUAUAACGGAAUUAAAGAACCAGCUGCAAACAAGCAACAAACGAUCUCUGGAACUCCAGGGCGUGAUUAAUGAUUUACAGAAAGAGAGGCAAAAUUUGAAACUGGAGAUUGAAAAAUUCCAAAAGCAAGCAAUAGAGGCAAAUAAUAAGAUACAAGACGGCAGUAGCAAAUGUACCGAAAUUAUGCAAGAAAGAGAGAGCCUUUUAAUGAAAAUAAAACUUUUGGAGCAAGAUAAAGCAAGGUUGCAGAGAUUAGAGGAGGAGCUGAGUCGAGCAAAGGCAGCAUUAGAGUCUGAGAGUUUUAAGAAGCAACGCCUGGAAGAAGAGAAACAGCAGAUAAGAAAUGACUUCACUCAGUGGAAGAGCCAAUAUACCCGAAAGGAAGAAGAUGUAAAGCGAUUUGAAAUUGAUUGGCAGAGAUGUGAGAAAGAUAAUGCUAGUUUAAAGACUGAAAUUGAAAGACUUCAAUUAGAGAUCAGGUCAAUUGAAGAAAGGUACAGACGUAAGCUGGAGGAAACAAAUAGAACCAACCAAUCUGAGUUAGAAUCUCAGAGAUUAGCACUGCAAAGAGAGCUGGAAAGUCUUAAGAGACGUCCCAUAGGCUCCAGCCAGCAAACUCAGACUGAUGAAGACCUGUCCAUUGAUCCUUCUAAAUUUAUGUUUGAUGGACUCAGAAAAAAGAUUACAGCACACCAGCUUCUUGAAUGCCAAAUCAUAAGCAAGGCCACUUUUGAAAAACUGAUAAAGAGACAAAAAUCAAUAGAUGAAGUUGCUGCAGAAAUUGAACCCUAUCUGAAAGGUGCUGGGGCAAUAGCAGGAGUUUCUGCUACUCCUAAAGAGAAGUAUUCUCUUGUAGAUGCCAAAAGGAAGAAGCUCAUUUCACCAGAAAGUACAGUAAUGCUUUUGGAGGCUCAAGCAGCUACAGGAGGAAUAAUAGACAUACAACGUAAUGAGAAGUUAACAGUAGACAAUGCUAUUGCUAGAGACCUCAUUGAUUUCCAAGACAGAGAGGCAAUUUAUACAGCAGAGAAAGCAGUUACUGGCUAUAAAGAUCCAUUCUCAGGAAAAAUAUUUGCUGUGGCAGAUGCUAUGAAUAAAAAUUUGAUCACUAGAGAAGUUGGAAUUCGCCUUCUUGAAGCUCAGUUGGCAGCAGGGGGUAUUGUUGACCCAGUAAAUAGUAUUUUCCUGCCUAUAGAUGUUGCACUUUCUCGUGGAUUAAUUGACAGAGACCUGUACAGAAUCUUAAAUAAUCCUAAAGAUGAUGCCAAGAAUUACCUUGACCCAAUUAGUAAAAAAAAUGUAAGCUAUAUGCAACUUCGAGAAAAAUGUAGAAUUGAACCUCACUCUGGUUUGCUUCUGUUGCCAGUAAUGAAGAAAAGUCUAUCUUUCCAGGGUAUUCGACAACAAGUUACUGUAAAUGAGCUAGUGGAGUCUGGUAUUCUGCGUGCUACUACAGUAGAUCAGCUAGAAACAGGGCAGAUCUCUGUAGAAGAAGUCAGUGAGCGAAUAAAAGAUUUUCUGCAAGGAUCCAGUUGCAUUGCAGGCAUAUACAAUGAGGCCACAAAAGAAAAAUUAGGAAUCUAUGAUGCAAUGAAGAAAGGCUUGCUAAGGCCUGGGACUACACUUGAGCUACUAGAAGCUCAAGCAGCCACCGGAUUUAUAGUUGAUCCUGUAAAUAAUCUGAGACUUCCAGUGGAUGAAGCAUACAGAAGAGGUCUUGUUGGGAUUGAGUUCAAGGAAAAAAUGCUAUCUGCAGAGAAAGCCGUUACCGGGUACAAAGAUCCAGAAACAGGAAACAUAAUUUCAUUGUUUCAGGCUAUGAAUAAGGAGCUUAUAGAGAAAGGACAUGGUAUUCGUUUGCUGGAAGCUCAGAUUGCCACUGGCGGAAUUAUUGACCCCAAAGCAAGUCAUCGAUUGCCAGUAGACGUAGCUUAUAAACGUGGGUUUUUCAACAAAGAGUUAAACGACAUUCUUUCUGAUCCAAAUGACGAUACUAAAGGCUUUUUUGAUCCAAAUACAGAAGAAAACCUAACCUAUUUACAGCUAAAGGAAAGGUGCAUCGUGGAUGAAAAAACUAACCUUUGCUUGUUGCCACUUAGAGAAAAGAAAAAGUUAGUGACUACGUCCCAAAAAAACACUCUUAGAAAGCGCAGAGUAGUCAUAGUUGACCCAGACACAAAUAGAGAGAUGACAGUGCUAGAAGCAUAUAACAAAGGCCUUAUAGAUUACAACACCUAUAUUGACCUUUCUGAGCAGGAAUGUGAAUGGGAGGAAAUUACAAUCACAGGAUCAGAUGGCUCAACAAGAGUGGUUCUUGUUGAUCGAAAAACAGGAAACCAGUUUGAUGUUCAAGAAUCAAUAGAUGUAGGUGUAAUCAGCAAAUCUGAUUUUGAAAAAUAUCGUUCUGGUACUCUUAGCCUUACUGAAUUUGCAGAUAUGAUAUCCAACAAAAAUUUAAGUGAUGACGUGUUAAUUUCUUCAAGACUUGAAUCCUCCUCAUCCUCAUUAUCUUCUCCCAGAUUUCGAAGCAGCUCAUGGUCAAAAAGUGGCUCAUUUUCAGACACAUUAGAGGAAAUAACUCCUAUUGCAGCAAUAUUUGAUACUGAAAACUUAGAAAAAAUCUCAAUCACAGAAGGAAUCAAGCGUGGAAUUGUUGAUACCAUUACUGGCCAGCGCUUGCUAGAAGCCCAAGCUUGCACUGGAGGAAUCAUCAGCCCUACAACAGGGAAAAGAGUCUCACUCCAAGAUGCUGUUACCCAAGGCAUUAUAGAUCCUGACAUGUCAGCUAGGUUAAAGCAAGCUCAGAAAGCCUAUUUUGGUUUUGAAGGAGUAAGAGGAAAUAAAAAAAUAUCAGCAGCUGAGGCAAUGAAGGUUAAUUGGCUGCCCUAUGAAGCUGGGCAACGUUUUCUUGAGUUUCAGUACAUAACGGGAGGCCUCAUUGAUCCAGAAACACAGGCAAGAGUAACUACAGAGGAGGCAAUUAGAAAAACCAUGAUUGAUGGUCGUGUAGCACAAAAGCUACGAGACAUAAGCAGCUAUCCAAAAAUUUUAACCUGUCCUAAAACAAAACUAAAAAUAUCAUACAAAGAAGCAAUUGACCGUUCAAUGAUCGAAGACACAACAAGUCUGCGUAUGCUUGAAGCUUCUUCAGUUUCGUCAAAAGGCAUAAGCAGCCCAUACAAUGUAUCCUCAGCACCUGGAUCACGCUCUGGUUCUCGUCCUAGUUCACGGAGUGGAUCCAGAAGGGGAAGUUUUGAUGCAACAUCCAACUCUUCAUCCUCAGGAUACAGUUAUUCUUUCCAAACAAUUAGUAGCUCUUCAGUAGGAAUCUAGUUGGUAGUGGGUUUGACUUUUCAUGUUUUCUUGCAGAAAAUACUGAGUUUGGCUUACAAAUUAAAGCCUCUAGAAGAAAAUACAAGCUUUUAUAAUUUUCCACUUUUGAAAAUAUGUAAAAUGUACACUGGUGAACAGUUAAACCUUUCAAUGAUGGGGUUUUAUACUGUUCUGCAGGACCUUUCAAAUUUGAAUUGGUUCUGGAUAUGAGUUUAUGUAUUUAGCAGUGUUUAAGGGUUUUCUGUUUUUACUGUAGUUAACAUUUGUUUUACCUUUGCUAUAAAUACCAUUCCACUACUUUAUUAAAAUGUUUUACCUAGCAAAUUUCUUUUGUAAAAUCUAAUUUUUAGACAAUAAUCACUCAAUGCAGAUUCUGCAGUUUAACCUGUUUCAUGCCAUUUAUUUACCAUGCCACCUAUUCAUCAUAUUAACUUUGUAAUUUUCAUUCAGUCCUAUUAGCUUUACAUUUUAUGGUACAUUGGGCGGUUACAUAUGUUUUUUUAUUCAUGUGCUUGAUUAUUUUUGCUAUGCUGACAAUAAAGUAUGAAACAUUUCAAA